GUAUGAACAUUUGCCCAAAGGACGCGGUGUGUAGGAAAUACACUGAGAUGUACACGUCAGCUGCUGAUUUCUGCAACACCAUAUGGGAUGGCGGAUAUCACGUGGUACCAGACACCGAACCCUGCAUGGAGUUUAGUUUCGAUCCAGCAAAACCAAAUCCGAACAUCCCUGUGUCUCGAGCCGCUGCUGAGAAAAAGGCAGCUGUGUCUGGGACUUCCGGACUCAAGAUGUAUCUCCCGUCAGGGCUUUUUGUUCUCUUUACGCUGUUCUUACUGUACACUGCCCCUCCACUGUUUUAGUUGUACAGUGUGUCUACCUGUAUUAUAUAGCAUUUUUGGAUUUAAAAGUCUUUUUCGCUUUAAUCUUUAUUUUAUGAGUUUUUGAAUGACAUAUUUAAUCAAUGAACAUUGAAAUUAAACUUUUGUAGUUGAAAACCGUAUAUCUGCAGGUUAAUUUUACCAUGACAACAACCAAUGGUCGAAAGGGAACAAUUUGCUCAUUGUUUCAUAUUUCUGUUUUCACAGAAUAUUUGAUAACGAAAAUCACCUCUGUCACUCGGACUAUUACGAUUGUAGCUGAGAGUAACGCAUCUAACGUGACCAAAAAGUUCAUAUUUCCAUGUUCCUUUUGUUGAUCUAUUUCCGACUGUUUCAUGUCAGUGGACGUACAUUUUAUGCAUGUCAGUGUUUGGAUAUGUAAGCUAAUCUUAAUAGGACUUUUUUAUUUGAAUUUGUAAAAUCAUUAAAAGAAAACAUAGUCGUAUAACGCAUGUAAUGCUGGUAUAUUACAUCUUUAAUUGCAAGAUAUGCGUACAUACCUGUACACCACAAUUUUAUCGCCUUAUUUCUCCUGCACUCAAAUUUGUGUGUUUUUAGCGUAAAAAUUAAAUCACCUUU